GCACAAUAAUCUUCAUGUGCACUUCAUGUGGUGUGGGAGUGUUUGCUUAGUUUCAUGUGGUCUUGAAGUGAAUUUUUCUUUCUCAGGAGGCAGUUUUGGGGAUGCGGCCGAACUUGUCCUGUGCACGUCUUGUUGCGAGUGUUAGAAGGUGACAUGGUGAAUGACUGCAAGGUCCACUAGAGGAGAUCAACACAACGUAAAGAAACUCCAGUUGACUGGACUGUGGUGGGAAUUUCCUUAAGGAAACUAUGUACCAGGAGCCAAAAUGGCUGACAAAGUGAAUACAUUAUCAUACUUCUAUGGCAACAUCACCCGGGAAGAGGCGGAGGACUACCUACAUCAAGCCGGGAAGACUAAUGGCUUAUACCUGCUACGGCAAAGCCGAAACUAUUUGGGUGGCUUUGCACUUUCGGUGUCUUACUCAGGUCGCUGUUACCACUACACCAUCGAAAGGGAAUCCAAUGAUACGUACGCUAUUGCCGGUGGUCAAAGCCACAGAAGCCCAGUGAAUGUGAUUGAUUACCACUCCCAGGAGAUGGAUGGUUUGGUGUGUUUGCUGAAGAAGCCCUGCAACAGACCCAGGAACAUGCAGCCAAAAGUGGGGCCCUUCGAAGACCUGAAGGAAAAACUCAUCCAGGAGUACGUGAAGCAGACCUGGAACCUGCGGGGGGCAGCCCUGGAGCAGGCUAUCAUUAGCCAGAGGCCUCAGCUAGAGAAGCUCAUCGCCACCACCGCACAUGAAAAGAUGCCCUGGUUCCAUGGCGUCAUACCCCGAGAGGAGUCAGAGCCCAGGCUUCAAUGUGGCACCCGUGCAAACGGAAAGUUUCUAAUCCGGCAGCGGGACGCGAGUGGCUCCUACGCUCUGUGUUUGCUACAUGAAGGAAAGGUCAUACACUAUCGCAUUGACAGGGACGGUGCUGGGAAGCUUUCCAUUCCAGAAGGCAAGAAGUUUGACACCCUCUGGCAGAUGGUGGAGCACUACUCGUACAAAACAGACGGCCUCCUUGGAGUACUAACGGAGCCCUGUCCGCGACCCGAUGGAGAAGCUGUUCUCGGACGACCGCUGUUGCCACACAACCAUCCCGGACUCACCUCUGCGUUUCACAUUGCAAAAGGUGGACUUAUCGCCAAACUCAAAACUGUUUCCAUACCUGGCAGAAAAAAGAGCCACAGCUCUCUCCAUGGCACAACGGAUGACAUGAAUCCUUAUGAGUUCAGAGUGUCUGACCAUCAGGAGGCCAUGCCGAUGGACACAGAGGUUUAUGAAAGUCCAUAUGCAGACCCAGACGAGCUGAGGAGCUCCACAGUAGACCGUUCUCAUCUCUUCCUCGAGGACAGAGAACUCGGCUCAGGGAACUUUGGCACAGUCAUGAGAGGCACCUACAAGAUGAGGAAGACAGAGAAACAAGUGGCCGUGAAAAUCCUCAAGAACGACAAUGAAAACCCCGCAGUGCGCGAGGAGAUGCUGCGGGAAGCAAAUGUCAUGCAACAGCUGGACAAUCCUUACAUCGUGCGCAUGAUCGGCAUAUGCGACGCAGACAACCUGAUGCUGGUCAUGGAGCUGGCCGAGCUCGGACCCCUCCACAAGUUCCUGCAGAAAAACAAGCAAACCACCAUGAAGAACAUCACCGAGCUGGUGCACCAGGUGUCGAUGGGGAUGAAGUACCUCGAGGAGCAUAACUUUGUCCACAGGGACCUUGCUGCUCGGAACGUGCUGCUGGUCACUCAGCACUACGCUAAGAUCAGCGACUUCGGCCUCUCCAAAGCCAUCGGCGAGGAACAGAACUACUACAAGGCUAAGAGUCAUGGGAAGUGGCCAGUGAAGUGGUACGCUCCCGAGUGUAUGAACUACUUCAAAUUCUCAUCAAAAAGUGACGUGUGGAGCUUCGGGGUGCUGAUGUGGGAGGCCUACUCCUACGGACAGAAGCCAUACAAGGGAAUGAAAGGAAAUGACGUCAUGCAGAUGAUAGAAAGGGGAGAUCGCAUGGAGGCUCCACCCAACUGUCCACGAGAGAUGCACGAGCUGAUGAUGAAAUGCUGGACGUACCAACCGGAUGAGAGGCCUGGAUUUACGGUUGUGGAGGGAAGGCUGAGGGAAUAUUAUUACGACAUCGCACAGUGAUCGACAUUGUGCGACGACGCAAACUUGCAUGCGUGAAGAUGAUUAUGAAUUACAUGCUAAUGCGGUUGUAAAAUAUUGAUUUCAUUUUAAGCAUAAUGAAAGAAAACAUUUAUUUUAUUACGUUGCCUGUUUGUCACGGAAUGUAAAUGACAUGAAACCAGAAUAAAGUCUACGUGGUUUGAGGAUGAAA